AUGAAGGAGGGCCCGGUAGGCGAUCACAUCCAGGAGGAAUCUCCCUGCGCCAACAUACCUCUCAAGAAAGACCUCAUGCACCCCUCUCCUGAGGAGGAGAAGCAGAAACACAAGAAGGAGCGCCUGGUACAGAGUCCGAACUCGUAUUUCAUGGACAUAAAGUGCCUGGGGUGCUAUAAAAUCACCACUGUCUUCAGCCACGCACAAACAGUGGUUGUCUGUGUGGGAUGCUCCACUGUGAUCUGUCAGCCUACUGGAGGAAAGGCAAGACUCACAGAAGGAUGCUCCUUCAGACGGAAGCAGCACUAAUGACUGAAUCAAAAUGAUUGAGAAACUAUAAAGAAUAAAACAAAUUUGAUACAGAAA